AUGCAAGCAUCUUACACGCCCUCGACAGUCGCCGGCUCGUCCGACGGCGGCAUCGGCUCCUCCCUCAUCGGGCCCGGAGGAGCCGCGCUCAUGGCCGGCGCACCCGCCGCAGCCAACACCAUUGCCAACAAGCAGGCUGUCGCCGGCUCAUCCCUCUACCAGGCUUGCCUCAACCUUCGCGACCGUCUCUACUCGGUUCCCGGCUUCGGUGAGGCCUACCUCGACGAGCUCGCCCCAAUCUCGGCCGCCUCGUCCGCAUCCAACGGCAGCCCCACCUCGCCCAACGGCAGCGCAUCCGUCCCAAAAGCGAGCAGCGACCCAGUCACCCAGCUCUGGCAGUGCUUUCGACUCGGCUCGCCCCUCUGUGCGCUUUUCAACACGAUGAACCCCGAUGUAGAGCUGCCGGUCAACCCCGACGCCAAUCGCUCCAAUGCCAACGCGUGCAAGGCGCAGGUCAUGAAGUUCAUCAUCGCACUCAAAGAGAAACUCGGCUGGGAUCCAGAUGACAUCUUUACCGUCUCGCAGCUUUACCUCAACGACACCAAUGGCUUCGUCAAAGUGGUGCGCACCAUCAAUCGUCUCCUGGAUGUCUUCGAGGAGCGCGGGCUGCUCAUCGAAACGAAUCGCAAGAGUGACAACGACGACCUCGACACUCCGUCCGAUGACCGCGCCAAGGUGAUCCGCGAGCUGCUGACGACGGAGCGCAAGUAUGUGCAGGAUCUCGAGGUGAUGCAGAACUACGCACGCGCUUUGGCGCAGUACGACAUCCUCCCGCCCGACACGCUCCACAACCUGUUCGGCAAUCUCAACAAGCUCGUGGAUGUGCAGAGACGGUUUCUGAUCUGCGUCGAGGAGAACGUGCGGCGCCCACCGGACGAGCAGCAUUUUGGGCACGUGUUUAUGACCAUGGAGGACGACUUCACGGUCUACGAGCCGUUUUGCGCCAACUACAAUCUCGCGUUGGAUCUGAUCAACCAGGAGGCGCACAAUUUGGUACGCUUGAAGGGGAUGCCGAGCGCCCAGGGCUGCUACCUGGAUCCAGCCUACGAGCUGCCCACGUUCAUGAUCAAGCCCGUACAGCGCAUCUGCAAGUACCCGCUGCUGCUCGAGCAGCUUCUCAAAAAGACGCCCGAGGACGCGCCACCCUACCAAGAACUCGAAGAAGGUCUCGAGGUCAUGCGCAGCAUCACAGACAAAGUCAACGAGACCAGCCGGUUGCAGGAGAACGCGCAGCUGGUCAAAGAGCUCGAGUGGCGCGUUGAAGAUUGGAAGGGGCACAACAUCCGCACGUUUGGCCUGCUCCUCUUGUCAGACACGUUCAUGGUGGCGAAGUCCGAUACGGAGCGCGAGUACCACGUCUACCUCUUCGAAAAGAUCCUGCUGUGCUGCAAAGAGAUGGCGCCCGCAGCAUCGAAAAAGUCGACCAAAAACAACUCGCUGCUCAAACAAAAGACGGCCGCUGGCAAGAAGGUCAAGACGACGCUCCAGCUCAAGGGCCGCAUCUUCAUCAACAACGUCACUGGUGCGUUUGCCAACUCGAAAAUGAGCAGCAUCUUGGGUGCGCCAUCGGGGCAGCACGCGCUACAAGUGUGGUGGCGCGGCGAUGUCGACCACGAGUCCUUCGCGCUGAAAUGCAAGAAUGAGGAGCAGCUCAAGCAGUGGCAGGCGGCGAUCAACCGGCUGAUCGACGAGGUCAACGUUCGACGUCAGGCGGCGGCGGCGCAGCACUACGCGCAGCAACAGCAGCAGCAGCAGAUCAACAUGGCCGGAGCGGGGACGUUGGGAAGGAGGAUCACGCAGACAACCUCGCACUUCCCGCAGACGCCGCUGGCGGAGGUGGCGCCCGUCAACCCGUUCACCUCCCAAGGCUCGCAGGGGCGGGACAGCCUGUCACGGACCCAAAGCCAGUCUUCCUACCGGGACGAAGACGAAGGAGGGUCGAGCUACUACGAGAACCCCAGUGGCCGAGGCACCCCUGCUCAAGGCCGCUACUCGCAACCGGCGCCAUCUGGCACCGGAGCACCGGAAAAGCCACGUGCGCGCACCGAAGACCAAGACUCAGCAGUGAUGGCGCAGUGGCGAUCCGCCUCGCCCGCCGUCCCACCUCCUCUACCGCGCGGUCUCUCUUACAGCUCCGGCGCGGACACGCACGGCUUGCGCAAAGCGAGCAGCUCUCGAGUGCUUCGUCAGCCCGCGUCGAACCCGCGCAACCCGCGCGGUGGGGAGGCGGUCGAGUACCUCGACUCGAGCGACAGCGCGGACAGUUUCAAGCUCAACCGACCGCGCGGCGAUUCCAGCGCGUCUAUGAGCCGCACAACGUCGGACAAUGGCGCAGCGCAUUUGCGGUCGCGGUCAGCGAGCAAUCCGAUGUACGUCCUGCCGCCGCAGCAUGGUGGUGCACCGCCGCUGCCCAAGCUCCCCUCCCCGCGCUCCAGCAACGUCAGCAAUGGAGGAGGGGAGAAGAGGUUCAGCACCUCAUCCAGCACCACCUCGGAAUCAGCCCAAUCGCAAAGCUCCACCGCCGCCUCCUCCCCCAUCAACGCCUCGUCCCGUCGAACAGCCGCCAUCCGCCUCAACGUCACCUACGCCGAAGACCGCUUUGUCGUCGUCGUCCUCGCCACCGCCCCCUAUUCCGCAUUGGUCGAAAAGGUCACCAAAAAGAUCCGUCUGUGUUCGGGCAAGAACGUCGAGCAUGUCAAGAUGCGCUAUAUUGAUGAGGACGGUGAUGCGGUGUUGAUCAGCGACGAUGACGAUGUCCAGAUGGCCUUUGAGGCAAGAAACGAUGGAGGAGAGGUCGAGCUGGUUGUCAGCUGA